AUGGCGUCUCGGCAGGACACGGGAAGAUGCAUGUCGGAGUUCAAGGACACAGGAAUCGCCAAAAAGUGUGAAAUCAUUCCGAGAAAUCCCAGAAAUCUAGAGGACUUCCUUUACACGCUCCCUGUAUCAAAAGUUAACUCGACCAUAGUGUACCGGAACAUGUAUUGUGGUCUGUGUAAUGGAGAAGCCGAAGAGGACUUAGUGCAGUGGACUAUUGAGUUGACGUGUAAUUCGAGACGUGACAUGCAGAUGGCUUCCUUUGAUGAGCUACUAGUCAGGACCGACAUCUGUUCGUUCGUAGCAUUAUUCUACCCAGGGAAGAACCAGUGCGAUCAUAAUUUAUUGUCAGUAGAGUACGUGUUGUUCCACGUAGGAAUAAUCGUAUCGAUGUUCUGUUUACUAUUGACAGUUUUGACUUACUUUUUGUUUAAGUCUUUGCGAACCACACCAGGUAAAAACAACAUGUUUUUAUCGAUAAAUCUCCUGAUAGCUCAGGCUUUGUUCCAGUUUGGUGCCGGCCAGAGGGCAUUGGGCUUGGGUUGUGUUGUAGUCGGCGCACUGAUACACUAUUUCUGGCUGUCUGCCGUCGUCUGGAUGAAUAUAUGUUCCUUUCACAUGUUUAGGGUGUUCUCAAGCCUGAAAGCCAAGACAAUGAGUUCACAAAGAGACGAAAAAAGGGACAUGGUAACAUACAUAAUAUACUCCGUUUUAGCUCCCCUGGUAAUCGUGGGUUUGAACAUCCUGGUCAACUUAGUGACGUCAGAAUGGUCACACGUCGGCUACGGAGGAUGUGUUUGUUAUAUAUCAUCAAGCCAUAUGAUCAUGUUUACAUUUGCCAUCCCGAUUGCUUUUCUUCUUUCUCUUAACUUGAUCUUUUUCGUAAUCGUUAUAAUUUCUAUUCGGAGAACGCAACAUUCAAAACUUUCAUCUAACCAAGAUCAGAUAACGAUCGUGGUGUAUCUGAAGCUUUCCUGUUUAACCGGCGCCUCUUGGAUAUUCGGCUUCCUCUACAUGUUGAUAAAUCUUGAUGUUUUGGGUUACAUAUUCAUUGUUCUGACCGCCGGAGAGGGAAUCUUUAUCUUUUUGUCUUUUAUUUGUUCCAAAAGAGUUCUAAAGCUUUACAGGGGAUUGUUGGGGUAUUCCGGUCCCAGCGAAAGUGAACAUUCUUCAAGGACAACUAUGUCAAGCGUGUCAAAUGUGGGGACGAAACAAAAUGUUCAAAACAAUUGUCAGCAAAGCAUAACUAGAAUGUGA